ACCAAUAAUUUGGCUUGACAUAAAAUUGGCCAUGCAUUUUUCCAUUAGGCUUGUACCGUAUAUUAUAAAUUAUAGAUAUACUCUUAUUGAAGAGCUUAAUGAAACAGAACCGAUACGAAUCUAGACGAUUCAAUUAUAAUCAUAUAAUUAUCACAUUGAUGAUGAUCAUUGGAGAAAGCCAUUGACAACAGAUUUCAAAUAAAAUUAAUCGUGGAUAUAAUAAAUAAAUACUUUAUUCAAUUAUAUCAAUUAAAAACCAAAAGACACCAUAUGGAAUGCCCAUUGAAAUCUCUCUUCAAAUCAACAUUUCACCAAUUCCACUCAACAUCCUAAAACCACUUUAAAUCUCACAAAUACAUAUAACUUUCACAAUUCCCACUCGAAAUAGUCCGACCCGCCUCGCAAUUCAUAAUAGAUGCGCCGAGCAGCAUCAGCGAGCGAAUGCAACAUAACCUAACGUAACAAAAUGGUAAAAGUAGCCGCGGGCCAUCGAGAGUCCGGUCGUUAGAGACACGCCCAUGGAAAAUACGAGGCUUCGUGAGCCGCUUGACAUUAAAAUCACAUUUGCCGCUUUUCCACGGAAUCUGCGAAGCUCGCUUAUUCAUCGAUUAUGGCCGCCUCAAACUCGUGAUGUGUCCGCCAUGGCAUUAAAUGUAAUUGAACAGCGACAUUUACGCCGUCUAUAAGUGAUUUUGUUGUAUUCUUGACGAAUUGUGCGCCAUCUAAUUCAGUUGUGCGCGCUUCUUCCUCGUGUGUUAUGUCGUAUCGUAAUGUUAUUUGUAAUUAAAGUAAUUCCAGGCUCAAUUUUAUAUAGAUGUGGUUAAAUCAUUGGUUUGAAUCACUUGUGCUAGUACAUUAACUAUUUUCUUGAAGAGGUUAUAAAAGUUAUGAGAAUUGAUGGAAUUUCCUCAUUCGAAGAAUUGGAAAGUUUACAGAAGAACGAGAAGAAUACGAUGAAUCGGGAGCAAGAUGCCUCUUUGUUGCUCGCUGGCGCGCAAGAAACGUGGUCCGUCGCAGAUAAAAAAAUCGAUAUGGAAAGAAAAACGAUUUGUACACAAACAUCUAUCGAAGCUAUCCAAUUUAACGAGAAUAAGGAUAACAAAGUAGAAAGUGAUACGAAUCAAUUUUCUCCGUGCAUUUAUUUGAAACAAAAAGAAUCGUCGGCAUUUUGGUAUAACGAUGAAGAUCCUGCUCCCCAAUGGCUAAUCGAGGAAGCCCUCGCCAGUGGGACUGAGCAGACAAAGGAAAAAAUAUCGUCGAACAAGGAAACUGAAUACAAAACAAUCAUAGCAGAACUUGAAGAAAAGCUCGCUAGAACAAGGGAAGAGCUUGAAGAAGCUUUAAAAGCAAAAUCUGCCAUGAAGGAAAAAUAUAAGAAAUCCUUGGAAAAUGUAAAGGCAGAAGCUCGAAAAGAAAACGAAAUAUUGCAAGAGAGAAUUGUGCGUAUUUGUACUUCUGUUUUGGAAAAUUUCGGUCCCUAUUCCAUGGAUCGUAAAAGAUGCAGUAGUUAUCUGACUAAACCUUGUAGAAAAUUAAAAUAUCAAAAGAAAAUUAUGAAUAAAUUACACAAAAAGUUGCGGAUGGCAGUGACGAAAUCAAACAAAUUGAAACAAGAAUUGGCAGCAACCCGAAAAAUGCUGAAAGAGAAAUCGGAAGAACAUGAUUCCAUGAACAAAUGCUUCGAUCAGUUGAAGGAAGAAAUGGAAGUCGCCGAAACGAAUUUGAAUGAAUUGAUAAGCGAGAACGUUUCCUUGAGAAAGAAAAUCGAUGAAACACGAGAGUGGUUGCAGCAAACUACAGGAAAGGAGCAUAAUAUGAUUCGAGACACGAGGAACAGAGAAUUGGUCAAUCUGAAGAAAAAAGUUGAAGAGGAUUCUACGAUAAUUGUUCAACUUAAACAAAAAUUAAUACGAUCGGAUUCAGCAAAUGCCAACAAGGGAUUUUUAUUAAACAGUUACAAAAGUCAAUUGAAAGACUUAACUAAAGAAAAUAAUCAACUGACAUCUAAAAUUAACAGUUUGGAGAACGAGAUCAGUAAUAUUCGAAGCACUAAUUCACAGUUGAGAGCAAAAAUUUCAGUUUUAAAUGUUGAAAAAGAUAAAUUACUUUCAGACAAGGAAAAAUCGAAAACAGAUAUAAAGGAAAAGAUGGAAACAAAAUGUGCCAAAAAAUGUGAAGAAACGAUUCAGCAGGAAAUUGAAGUUAUUAAAACUAAAUACGAGGAAAUUAUUAAGACUUUAAAAACGAAAAUGUCGAUUACUCAAAAUCAGAAUAUCGAAUACUUAAACGCUAUUAAGGAAUUUUUGAAGAAACUUUAUUAUGAGUACGAAGGAGACCAUAAAUCGCACAAAAACUUAAAUGAAAGUGAAGCAAGUGAAAGAGAAGCUCAAGAAACUGCUUGUAAUAUUUUGAAUAUGACUCCAGAUGAAUUAUCUGGUUUCAUUAAUGGAAAAACUCAAAAUUCGAUUAAUUCAUGGAUUGUUGAAUUAAAUCGAAUAACGAAAACAGAUCAUUUUUCCAAAGAUUUAUCGAAGUUUUUAUUGAAAAAAGCAGCAAAGAAAAUAAAGACAUAA